UCAGGACUCUGGCAGCACUGGCACUGGCAAAACAGCUGAUUGUAUUAUCGCCCGGCGAUUUAAUCAAAUAAAUGUAUUAUUCAAUAAUCCGGCGGCUCGGUACGCAGCCCAAGUUGGCCACCAUUCCCAAGCGGAAAUGGAAGAGCGUUCUGGGCCUGGAGGUGCACGCACAGAUUGCCAGUGUGUCAAAGCUCUUCUCCGGCAGUGGAACCUCAUUUGGGGCACCGCUGAACUCGUCCGUGGCUUAUUUCGAUGCCUCCAUACCGGGAACCUUGCCGGUGCUCAACCGAAAGUGUGUGGAAUCCGGCAUCAAAACUGCUUUAGCGCUGGGCUGCCGGGUGAAUGAGGUCUCCAUGUUCGAUCGCAAGCAUUACUUCUAUGCGGAUUUGCCGAACGGCUACCAAAUUACCCAGCAAAGAGCUGCCCUGGCUAACGAUGGCAUCAUGAGCUUUCCAGUGAUAACGCCCGGGAAAAAAGUUUACUACAAAAGCGUGAAACUUCUCCAACUGCAACUGGAGCAGGACAGCGGAAAGUCCCUGCAUGACGAGCAGCUCAAGCGAAGUCUGGUUGAUCUCAAUCGAGCUGGACUGCCGUUGAUGGAGCUGGUGUUUGCCCCGGAUCUGGAAACGGGUGAGGAGGCUGCCUCGUUGGUCAAGGAACUGAUGCUGAUACUGAGACGUCUGCAGACCUGCAGCUGCAAGAUGGAAGAGGGUGCCCUUCGUGUGGAUGCCAACAUAUCCAUUCACCAGGAAGGCGAACCACUGGGCGUGCGCACCGAAGUCAAGAACAUUGGCUCGGUUCGCAGCAUUUCGCAGGCCAUCACGUACGAAAUAAACCGACAGCUGGAAACGGUGGCCAAUGGCGGAUUAAUCACCAAUGAGACGCGAUCCUGGGAUGCGGAGAAUAGGCGCACAGUGGCCAUGCGUGACAAGGAGGUGCUGCAGGAUUACCGAUUCAUGCCGGAGCCCAAUCUCCCACCGCUCCAUGUGAACCUCAAGCCAGGAUCAAAGUCCACUGAAGAUCUGCUAUCGGUGGCUGCGCUCAGCGAGGAGAUACCUGAACUGCCAGAGGACACGCGACAACGCCUGAUGGAACAGUACAAUUUGAAUGCAGAUACUUCUAUUAUUUUGGUGAACGAACCUGUUCUCCUCGAUCAUUUCCUGAGCAUCAGCCGCAGCUUGAGCCAACUGCCUAACAAAGUCAUUUACAAUUUCCUCAUCAACGACUUGCUGACCUACUGCAACAAGCUAAACCUGGAUGUGGAGGAUUGCUCCAUUAAGGCUGAUGAUUUGAGGGAUAUCCUAAGCUGCCUACACUCGGAGCAGAUAAAUAUUCAAGCUGCUCGCCAGCUCAUAGAACUUCAGCAGCAGAACCCCGCAGCUAAAGUCAGUGAGCUCAUUGAAAUCAACAACCUGCAGCAGAUAUGCAAUCCUGAGGCCAUCGAGGAGCUCUGCCGGCAGGCGAUUGCCAACCAGGCCAAGGCUGCCCAGCAGUACCAAAAGGGCAAGGCCAAGGCUCUUUUCGCCAUCGUGGGCGAAGUGGCCAAGCUCUCGAAGCAAAAGGCCAACAUGAAGAUGGUCGUAGAGUGCCUGGAAAAUCAGCUAAAGUCCGCCAAGAAAUAGGAAAUCGUCUGGAUAGUUACUGUGUUCAUUGGAGGUGUGUUAUUCUCUUGUAUAUAUAUAUUUUAUAAAACUUGCACUGUAUAUAGGAUUAGAUAUGGCUAAGGUUAGGGCUUAGUGGCUUUGUUUCGUGCUGACUAGUUUCGGUGUUUCCGGCCAAUAAAUGUAAAUGCAACUGAU